AUGAAGCUGCAGCCAAACGGAUACAAGACAUGGCACCAGCAAUACGGACCAGUGAUAUGUCUGAAGCUAGCCGGUUACACCGUCCUCAUACUGGGUACCCACGACGUGGUCAAAGACCUCCUCGUCAAAAAGGCUAGGAUAUACAGUGCGCGGCCAUCGAUCGGUUCCGCACACUAUUUUACAAAGGGCAUGGUCGCCGGAUGGCUUUCAUACGGUCCGGAAUGGCAGAAGAUUCACGGGAUCGAAUCCGUGUUCUUCAAAAGGGGACUAGUCCAAAGCUAUCGCCUGCUUCAGGAUCUCGAGAGCAAGCAGCUUGUCUACGAGCUCCUGUCUGGUCGGGACUUUGUCCCUUUGUUUCAGCGGUUCGCUAAGAGUACACCAUUCACCAUUCUCUUUGGCAAGAGACUUGCGACCACAGACAGCCCCGAGGUACAGGAGCUAGAGGAUCUAGUGCAAAGCCUUGUCGGAGAGAUCAAAUGGGUUCAUCUACUGGGCGCGAUCCCGCUAGCGGACCGUCUACCCAAGCCGCUGAAAGUCUGGGAGAAGAUGGGUGAUCGGCUUCAUGAUCGCAUUUUUCGCAUCUUUGAAAAGUAUACGACGGCUGCGGUUAAGCGAGCUGGAUGGAAUUGGGCCACAGAGUUGGAGCAUCGUAUGCGUGAACAAGGCCUGAGUUUCCGCCAGACCUGCUUCUUGGUCUAUGAACUGCAAGUUGCCGCAUUUGCCAGCACUUGGAUCGUUCUCAAUCGUGUUAUAAAAGCGGCCUUGCUAAACCCCGAGAAGACGCGAAAGGUACGACAGGAACUGGACCUGGUGGUGGGCGUUGAUCGACUGCCUCGAUUUGAGGAUGUGGACAGGCUGCCAUAUACCAAUGCGUUCCUCUCCGAAGCCCUCCGGUGGCGAUCCUUUCUCCCACUCGGUAUUCCACAUUCCCUUGCGGAAGAUGACGAAUAUAAGGGGUGUUAUAUCCCGAAAGAUACAGUCGUGUUUCCCAAUCAGUGGGCGCUGGACCACGACGAGAAGGUGUUCCACCAUCCGGAUGAGUUCCUCCCUGAGCGGUGGAUUGAAAACCCCGAAUUGCCACUUACGACGUUCGGGUUUGGAAAAAGAAUUUGUCCUGGGCAGCAUAUGGCACGCAAUACUCUGUUCAUUGCCGUGGUCCGCUGUCUUUGGGGGUAUGAUUUGAUUACGACUGAGAGUCCAGAUGAUCCGUAUAAUUCAUCUAGGAAAGCGAUUGAUUUCUCUGCUCCCAAAGGCCUAUCAUUUGUCGUGAGAAGUGAGAAGCAUAAAGAAACUAUUGAGAGGGAAUGGAAUAUGGCGGAUAAAGAUAUGACGCCGAUUCUGUCAAAGAUCCAGGAGCAGGCUCAAUGCAAUUAG